AGUCUCAGAGAGUGUUGUGCGAGUGUGUGUGAGUGUGUGUGCGCGCGCGCGCGCGAGAGAGAGAGUGUGUGUGAGCGAGACAGAUCAACAGCUACAGGGUGAUUUGUUUCAGUGAAAGAAAGUAGACUUUAAUUCAUCUGUCAGACAUGUUUAAGCUCUGAAUUAACCUCUGGGUGGAAUUUUACUUUACUCUUCAUCAGACAUGGAGACCAUCCUGGCCAAAGCACUCUAUGACAACACAGCUGAAAGCCCAGAUGAGCUGGCCUUCCACAAGGGUGAUCUUGUUGUGGUGAUAGAGCAAACGGUUGAGGGCAGUGUGGGCUGGUGGAAAUGCUCUCUAAAUGGCCAGGAAGGCUUGGCACCGGCUAAUCGACUACAACUCCUCUCACCUUCAGAGAGUAUUUAUCAAACUCCGCGGCCAGCAGAAGCAAACCUGACUUAUGAGAUCAUGGAUAAAGGCAACAAGGUGCCGUUCUCACACAUAGCUCACAGUCCUGUCCAUUUCCAAAGGAAAUCUGAAUCUCUGGAUAGAAACUUCUGUCUAAAUAAGAUACAUGAUGGCUUCGGUCCCAGUGCAGAUAUGUAUGCUGUUCCUAAUCUUGGGAGAAAAGUCUCAUUGUACACACACCAAUCACCACAGCCUGUACUAAGGAAUACACCAGCCAUCACUCACAAUAGAUCCGAAAUCAUGAAUAACAGCAAAUCCACACCAUCUGAGAUGUAUGCUAUACCAGCCACACACUCCAAAGAUCCCAAUUAUGAUAUUCCCGUUCCAUCCAAAAGUGAGCCACACCUCAAGUCACUUUCCUACAACUCUUUGCCUAAUCCACGGAAGUGUGAGCAGAUAUACGAUGUCCCUGUUGCUUCGGAAAUGCCCGUCAAUGCACGUGGUUUCUUUGGCACAAUGCCAUCUAAAGGUGCACAUACUGGAAAAGAGGUCUAUGAUACUCCACCAUCAUGUGUUCGUCCUGCAGCAGGUCCUGGUAGCUGCGUCUAUGAUAUCCCAAAAUGUAGUGUGAAAGCACAACAAACGACAGACUCCAACCCCAAACAGGAAGAAUGCAUCUAUGAUGUACCACCUAGCAUCAACAAAAGAGAACCUCUUCUGAAUGUACUAACACUCCCGAAACAAAACGUUACAAACCCAGUUGAUUCUGAAAAUGCUUCUAAACCUCUCGAAUACAGGUGCAAAACUGGACCAAGACCUGGACGUUCAUCAUGGGGCAGACAGAUUAUGGUGUCCAGAGAAGUAAAGGAGAGUGGAACAAAAACCAACGAAAAGGAGUUAAAGAAUGACAGAGGUUUGUCUGUUUCCGAAAACCAACGGAACUCCACAGUCUCUACCUCCUCAAACACCUCCAGCUCUUCCAGGAGCUCCUGUGACUCUACAAUGUUUGGUUCUCCCUCACCAGAGCCACUACGGGAGGUCACACUGUCCCCAGAGGAAGCAACCCAAAGGCUUUUGCAACUCCAGGAAACAGUUUGUCAGGCUGUACCCCGACUCAUGAACUUUGUAAGUAGCCGCUGGAGAAGCCGUGAGCAUCUGGGCCAGCACCUCCAGGAGAUUCGUGCAGCCUCAGAGGAUGUGGCCAACUCAGUCACCUCCUUUCUCAAUUUUGCUCUGGAUAUCAGAGGUAACACACAGCGGCUUUCUGACUCUAACCUGCAGACCAGGCUCCAGAAGCAGCUCUCUAUUGUGGAGGACUCAGGACUGAUUGUGCAGACAUCUGUGAAUGCUCUAGGUGACUUAGGCUGGUCUCUGGAUGUCCUGGCUCAGGAUCCGGGGCAGCCACAGACUCCAGACAAGCUGGAGCGCUUUGUCAUGGUUGCCCGAACUUUGCCGGAAGACAUAAAACGGCUGGUAUCCAUUAUUAAUGCCAACAGCAAGCUUCUGUUCAGAAACUCUUCAAAAGAGCCAGAAAUGCCAAAGAACACCAGUCCACCACAUGGGAGGAAAAUCCUUGGCAAGAAUGAACCACCGUUAGAUAAAGAGGGGGAUGAUGAUUAUGUACAUCUUCAGACCAAGACAGAAUUUGAAAAGCAACAGCAAAGUGAAGAAAAAAACAACAUAAAAUUGGACACAAGUCAAGACAACAAGACUAAACAGGCUUCCAAACCAGAGCCUACAUUCUCCGAUAGCACAAGCAAACAUCCCGGCAAGCCGGUGAUUUCUGACCACUGCCGGCUGUAUUUUGGCGCCAUCAGGAAGGCCAUUGCUGUGUUUGUUUCUAGCCUGGAAGAGGAACAACCCCCUGAGAAGUUUAUAUCCCACAGUAAGCUGGUGAUCAUGGUGGGCCAAAGGCUAAUAGACACCCUUUUUUCUGAGGCCCAGAGCAGGGAUGACAGUCAGGAACUUCUGUGUAAAAGCAACCACUUGUGUGCCCUCCUCAAGCAACUGGCAGUAGCCACCAAAAAAGCAGCGCUGCAUUUUCCUGACAAAAUGGCAAUCAAGGAAGCACAGGACUUUGCCAAAGAACUGGCUCAGAGGGCAAACCAAUUUCGUAUGUUUCUGGACAGUUAAGGGGUUUGUGAAAGGACAGCAGUAUGGUGUCAGUCAGACACAUACUUACAUGUUACAUGCAAGUGUAUAUUUUUCUCUGUUUUACUUGGUCAGUUCUUCUAUGAGUGUGUUAAAAAAACAAAACAAUGCGAGACAUUUAGUGCAGUUAGCACAUUCAGCUAUGUCUAAUGCAUAUUUAUUAAAGGAACACUGGAGAAGCAAUAAAAUACCAGGAUAGAUAGAGAUAUGGUUAGACUAGCACUAGAUUAAAAUGAAGACUAGAACGUCUUUCAAAAGCAGCAUACAAAUGUGGCAUUGCCUUAAUAGGUGUGUUGACUUCAGUAGCUAGCCUAACUUUAUAUAUUAUAGCAUUUAUUAUUUUCACUUAAACAAAACAUGCACAUUUUUUUUUUUUUUUGAAGCCAGAUGUUGUAGCCAGAAUUUCAAUGAGAAUAAUUAGCAGUGCUUUCCAAAAUGAUUGCCAUCCUUCUCAAAAUGAGCGGAAAAAAAAGUUGUAUAAGAUAAACAUUACACACAAUAAUUCUACUUUUCCACUCAGACAACAGAAGAAACUAUUCUGCUCUGUUCUAACAAAAAAUCACUCUUGUAUUUCUGUCAGAUAUGGGAAUAUAUGCCAAAAUUAUUGAUAGCCUAAGGAAUAUUUUAAGUAAAUACAAACAAAUAAAAAACAACCUGUAUUAUUUUUCAUAUGAUCUGUAGCAAUGUCCUGUUUCCUGGGGAAUAAACAAAUAUAUAUAUUAUUAUAUUACAAAAUUAUAUUAAAUUGUAGUCUUUUUUUAUGUUACCCUAGGAACACAAAAGAGACAGAAGAGAGCGUUAUAGGAAGAUACUCAGUUGUCUAUCCAAGGCAAAUCACGAAAUAUCAUUUAUAUUACAAUUAUAAUAUAAAUAUUUUUACGGAUGCUGAUCAAAUAAGUGAAAUAAGUGUUUUUAUUAAAAAAAAUACCUAAAAGGUUUCAUUUGAAACCUAAAUGCUAUGUUACCUUUUUAAAUAAAAUUAUACAUUGUAUAUUUGAGCACAAAAUAUUUCUUCUUGGGUUGCUGGUUCUUUUUUUUUUUUUUUUUUAAUAUUAUUAUAUUGAUUUUUUUUGCUUAUAUUAAAAGACAAAUAAUUCUGGAAGCUACUUUAUGUACAUUGUAGAGGAAGAUACAAUACGUAAGUAUUUUUGUACAUUUUAUGAUGUUUUGUUUCUUUAAACAAAAAAAAUUCUUUAAAUUUUUUUUUGCCAGAUUUUGUUUUUCCAUCUGUUGGGCUCAC